CUCAACAGAGAAGUCCAUGGAGACGGAAAAAGGGAGGGCGGCAACUUCACUCCUACACGUUGACUAUUAAAUACUUUUUAUUGAAGCGAUACAGUUCUUUCAAGCAAUUUCUAUAACUCAGUUAUAAUUCGUAUUAAUCCUCUGUUUUAGCUUGGUUUUUAUAUAGAGGAAAAGGAGGAACGGUUAUUCCAACUCAACUUCAAUUAUGGUGAUAUACACCUGCCGCGAGCAGACACGGCUAGCGCGCUAACAUUAGCCAUCAGAGGGAGUCCAAAAGUACAAACUAGCACAACGGGACGACAUGGACAUGAUGACAGCACAUAGGAAAUUUGGAUUAUAAAACUUGAUGGGAAUAUAAUCGUCUUCAAACGGAAAUAUUGCAGCAAAGGUGCUCAUGUGACUAGUUUAGGUGAACGCUGUUGUGUUUGGGAUCAUGUCUGUGACUGAGCUCUACUCAAAGUACACCCGGGUUUGGAUCCCUGACCCAGAAGAGGUCUGGAAGGCAGCUGAAAUCAUCAGGGAUUAUAAGGAGGGAGACUCCAUUCUUCACCUCAAAUUAGAAGAUGAAUCUACGUUUGAAUAUAAAAUUGGUCCCAAAGACAAGCUUCCGUUUCUUCGGAAUCCUGACAUUUUGGUUGGAGAAAAUGACCUCACAGCUCUCAGCUACCUCCAUGAGCCGGCUGUGCUCUACAAUCUCAAAGUGCGUUUCUUGGAGUCCAAUCACAUUUACACUUACUGUGGGAUUGUGCUGGUGGCCAUCAACCCAUAUGAGCAGCUACAGAUCUAUGGAGAAGAAGUCAUCAAUGCUUACACCGGACAGAAUAUGGGGGACAUGGACCCUCACAUAUUCGCUGUGGCAGAGGAGGCAUACAAACAGAUGGGCCGGGAUGAGAAAAACCAGUCAAUAAUCGUGAGUGGCGAGUCAGGUGCUGGAAAAACGGUUUCCGCAAAGUACGCAAUGCGGUUCUUCGCAACUGUGGGGGGUUCAGCCAGUGAAACCAACGUCGAAGAAAAAGUGCUGGCUUCCAGCCCUAUUAUGGAGGCCAUUGGAAAUGCAAAAACCACCCGUAAUGACAACAGCAGUCGCUUUGGGAAGUACAUCCAGAUUGGUUUUGAUAGGCGCUACUACAUCAUCGGUGCCAACAUGCGAACAUACCUGCUCGAAAAAUCCAGAGUUGUGUUUCAGGCUGAGGAAGAGAGAAACUAUCAUAUCUUCUACCAGCUCUGCGCGUCAUCAUCUCUGCAAGAGUUUAAAGAUCUUGCUUUGACCAGUGCGGAAGAUUUUACGUUCACCUCUCUCGGGGAGAACAUUUUCAUUGAGGGAGUGAACGAUGCUGAAGAUCUGGUGAAGACAAGAGAGGCUCUUACAAUGCUCGGCGUGAAAGACGUUCACCAAAUAAGCAUCUUUAAGAUAAUUGCCUCCAUCUUGCACCUGGGGAACGUGGUGAUUGUGUCGGAGAGAGAUGGAGAAUCCUGUCAUAUCAAUAAGGACGACAUUCACCUGCAGCAUUUCUGCCGGCUGCUGGGUAUAGAGCAAGAGCAAAUGGAGCACUGGCUGUGUCGUAGAAAACUGGUGACUACCUCUGAGACUUACGUGAAGAACAUGCAGCACGCCCAAGCUGUCAAUGCCCGGGACGCUCUGGCCAAACACAUCUACGCCCAUCUGUUCGACUGGAUCGUAGAGCACAUCAAUAAAUCCUUGCACACGUCCACCAAACAGCACUCUUUCAUCGGGGUGCUGGAUAUCUACGGGUUUGAAACGUUCGAGAUCAACAGCUUCGAGCAGUUCUGUAUUAACUAUGCCAAUGAGAAACUCCAGCAACAGUUCAACUCGCAUGUGUUCAAACUGGAGCAAGAAGAAUACAUGAAGGAGCAGAUACCAUGGACGCUUAUAGAUUAUUAUGACAACCAGCCGUGCAUUGACCUAAUUGAAGCCAAGCUCGGUAUCCUGGACCUUCUAGAUGAGGAGUGUAAGGUGCCUAAAGGAACAGAUCUGAACUGGGCCCAGAAGCUGUACAGCAAACACUCGGCCAGCGGGCAUUUUGAGAAGCCCAGAAUGUCCAACAGCUCCUUCAUCGUGUUGCACUUUGCAGAUAAGGUUGAAUACCAGUCUGAUGGGUUCCUAGAGAAGAACAGAGACACUGUCUAUGAGGAACAGAUCAACAUCCUCAAGGCCAGCCAGUUCCAGCUGGUGGCUGAUCUCUUUCAGGAUGGUAAAGAUCCUGCCGCUGCCCCAUCCUCUGGCAAGGCCUCCAGGGUCAACGUCCGGCCCGCCAAACCCAUGCCAAAAGGUCACAACCGUGAGCACAGAAAAACCGUAGGCACUCAGUUCAGGAACUCGCUACAUCUUCUGAUGGAAACGUUGAACGCAACCACUCCUCAUUACGUGCGCUGCAUCAAGCCCAACGAUUUUAAAGAACCUUUUAUAUUUGAUUCUAAAAGAGCUGUUCAGCAACUACGGGCAUGUGGAGUUCUCGAGACGAUCCGCAUCAGCGCCGCCGGAUAUCCAUCCAGAUGGACAUAUCCAGAUUUCUACAGCAGAUAUCGGGUUCUCAUGACAAAGAAGGACAUGACCAUUGCGGAUAAAAAGCUGGUCUGUAAAAACCUACUGGAGACAUUGGUCAAGGACCCAGAUAAGUUUCAGUUUGGAAAGACCAAGAUUUUCUUCAGGGCCGGUCAGGUGGCCUAUCUAGAGAAGCUCCGAGCAGAUAAGUUCCGCUAUGCCUGCAUUAAGAUCCAGAAGACGGUGCGAGGAUGGCUGCAAAGAAUUCGCUACCGCAAGAUCCGCAAGACAGCCAUCACCCUGCAGAGAUACGGCCGGGGUUACAUGGCACGGAGAUACGCAGAGAGACUUCGUCUCACCCGUGCAGCUCUCAUUUGUCAGACACGGUAUCGGAUGGUUCGGGUGCGACGGGAGUAUCUCAAAACCCGUCGUGCUGUCGUCACCAUCCAGGCAUUUGCCCGUGGCAUGUUCAUACGCAGACUAUAUCAGGAGUUCAUGCUCCAUCACAAAGCCAUUAUCAUCCAGAAGGCUGUGCGCGGUUGGCUCGUGAGGAAGCAAUUUCUCCGCUCUCGAUACGCCGCCAUCGUCAUCCAGUGUUUCUAUCGCCGCGUGCGUGCCAAGCGUCAACUUCAACAGCUCAAGAUCGAGGCCCGAUCGGCCGAACACUUCAAAAAUCUUAACGUGGGAAUGGAGAACAAGAUUGUGCAGCUGCAGAAGAAGAUGGAUAAUAAGACACAAGAAUAUAAAACUCAGAACGAGCAGCUGGUUGUUGUUAAUUCUUCUCUGGGAUCAGAGGUUGAUAAGUUGCAGAAGGAACUGCAAACCCUUCGUAGUCAGAAGGGUCCGGGCCCUCAGGUGGUCUCGCUGCAGGAUGAGCUCGAGAGGUUGAGGGCGGAGCUCAAGGAAGCCCACACCCAGAGGAAGGAGAUAGAGCUGGAGUUCAGCAAUGAGAAAAAUGAUCUCGAAAAGCGGGUGGAGGAGCUGGAGAAAGAAAACUCUCUUUUGAAAAAGGAGAAAGAAGAGAUGAACCGCAGUAUCAAGACAGCUGCUCCGGGUAAAGGUGGAGAUGCGUCUCAGAAGGAGAGCCGCAUACAGGCUGAACUGGAUGAAGAGAGGCAACGCUAUCAGAACCUGCUGAAAGAAUUCUCCAGACUGGAGCAAAGAUAUGAAAACCUGCAGGAUGAGAUGAAGUUCCAGCCCGGUCAUCGCCGUAACCCCUCCAACCAAAGCAGUCUGGGCUCGGACUCCAACUUCCCCUCCAUUAGCAUGUCUGAAGUUGGAGACACCGAUGACACUAUCCAGCAGGUGGAGGAGAUGGGCAUCGAGAAGGCCGCCAUGGACCUCAGUGUGUUUAUGAAGCUGCAGAAGCGGGUACGAGAGCUGGAGCAGGAGAGAAAGAGGCUCCAGACACACCUGGAGAAAGUAGAUGAUCUGAACAAGCGAAGGGGUAAUGAGACCAGGAGCUCCACGUCAGAGGAGGAUAUAAAUUCAGACCUGGCCUACAACAGCCUAAAGAGACAAGAGCUUGAGACCGAGAAUAAGAAGUUGAAGAAUGACCUGAACGAGCUGAGGAAAGCAGUGUCCGACAAGGCCUCCGAAAAUAGCUCGUCCAAUGAGCUCCAGGACGGCUACAGCGUGCUGCUGAAUCAACUCAAAGAGGCCAAUGAUGAGCUGGAAGUGCGCAAAGAGGAAGUCCUCAUGCUCAAGACCCAGAUUGUCAACACCACGAGGCAGCUGGAGAACUCCAUUCACAUUAAUUCCAAUGAUGUGUCAGAAAUAACCAACAACAAGAAGCCGGUGGACUCGUCCAAAGCUGUGGCCACAGGGGAGUCAAAGAAGUUGCUCGAAGACCAGCUGAAGACGCAGUCUCGGCAACACAACGACGAGCUGGAGGCUCUUCACACGCAGAUUGAACUGAUGAGGAGUGACCUGGAGAAGAAGCAGGAAAUGCUCGACCACUUCUCCACCCUCUCUCCUGAAGCUCUGGUGGAGUUCAGCAUACAGCAGGAGCUCACACGCCUCACCAAUGAAAACCUGGAUCUCAAGGAAAUGAAGGAGAAGUUGGACAAGAACGAGAGGAAGUUAAAGAAGCAGUUGGCGAUCUAUAUGAAGAAAGUGAAGGAGUUGGAAGCGAUUCCGGCUAGUAGAAGCAGGCCAGAACUGCAUCGACAGGUCACAGUACAGAGGAAGGAUAAGGACUUUGAAGGCAUGCUGGAGUAUUACAAAGAAGAUGAGGCCUUGCUGGUCAAGAGUCUUGUUACAGACAUGAAGCCACAAGUUGUGUCAGCCACCGUCCCAUGCCUCCCUGCCUACAUCCUCUUCAUGUGCAUCCGCCACGCAGACUACAUCAACGACGACCAGAAAGUUCAUUCUCUCCUCACCUCCACCAUCAACGCCAUUAAAAAGGUUCUGAAGAAAAACGCAGAGGACUUCGACACGACCUCCUUCUGGUUGGCAAAUACCAGUAGACUUCUUCACUGUCUGAAGCAGUAUAGCGGAGAAGAGGCGUUCAUGACUCAGAACAGUGGCAAACAGAAUGAGCACUGCCUGAAAAACUUUGACCUGGCGGAGUAUCGGCAGGUUGUGAGCGACCUUUCCAUCCAGAUCUAUCAGCAACUCGUGAGGGUGGCAGAAGCCAUCAUGCAACCCAUGAUCGUAUCUGCCAUGCUUGAAAGCGAAAGCAUCCCAAGCCUGGCCGGAAUGAAGCCCAUGGGAUACAGGAACCGCUCCUCUAGUUUCGACUGUGAGGAUGGGGGUCCUGCGGGAUAUACACUACAGGCCCUAAAACGGCAGCUGGGACAGUUCCACGCCACCAUGGCCGACCACGGGAUGGACCCUGAGAUCUGCCAGCAGGUGAUUCGCCAGCUCUUCUACUCCAUCAACGCGGUGAGCCUCAACAACUUGCUGCUACAUAAAGACGCUUGCUCCUGGAGUACGGGGAUGCAGCUCAGAUACAACAUCAGUCAGUUGGAGGAAUGGCUGAGGGGAAAAAAUCUUCAUCAGGGUGGAUCUAUAGCCCCUAUGGAACCUUUGAUUCAGGCCGCUCAGCUGUUGCAAAUGAAGAAGAAGACAUCGCAAGAUGCUGAGGCUAUUUGCUCGCUGUGUAGCACCCUCAGUUUACAGCAGAUCGUGAAGAUUUUGAACCUGUACACACCACUCAAUGAGUUUGAGGAGAGGGUCACUGUGUCUUUCAUCAGAGACAUACAGAAUCGCCUCCAAGAUCGAAAAGAACACAACCAACUGCUGGUGGACACAAAGCACACCUUCCCUGUGCUCUUUCCCUACACUCCGUCAGCGCUCAGUUUGGAGACCGUACACAUCCCCGCCUCCCUUAACCUGAACUUCCUCACAAGGGUUUGAGACCUCAUUUUCUGUCUUACUCUGAGCUAAUACUCACGGCCUGCAGAAAGGAGCUGAGGCCCAUCGCAGACCCGCUAACCCACAUACUAACAUCAGCAAAAAUGUGUGGCUGGAACUUACAGUAUCAGCAUAUAAGAUGGACAAUCUCCCUGACCGACUAACUAUGGUGUGAAGGCGCGGUAGUUUCUGUCUUUGUGUGUGUUCAGUGGGGGAAUAUGUGUGAUGUAAAUAAGCUGUCUGCCUUUUGACUUUCCUUCUGUAUAACAUUCACCCAGCUGUUUUCUCCCGGUUUUGUAUGACCAGUGAAAUACAAGCAAGGCCAUUCUUGAAAAAGUUAAAACGCUAUAUUUGGAUUGGGAUAACUUUCACUAAUUUUUUAAGAUUAAAUCAGUUUAAUAUAAGUAAUAUAAGAGGGCUUUGGGCUACUGACAUGUAACACUAAUGCAGGAUUAAUGUGUCCCUUAUGUAUCUGUAUUAGUAUGCACUGAUUUCUUAUUUCUAAUGGAAAAGUGUAUUUUAUUUCUGGGACACACAUUUGUCUCCGAUACAUGGGCUACCAAUGAAGCACAGCACAUCUGUCUCGUUCACAGUGAUCUUGUUCCUUCCCUAGGCAAACUCUUAAGACUCAAAACCGGCUGCCAAGACUCAUUCUCACAACCGUAAAAGCAAGAAAAAGCUCUGCAUUGCAGUGGCUGUGGCCAGAAACCAAUCUGGAUCAGUUUCUCCAAACAGGCGCAGACUCUUUAUAUGCUUUUUCCCCCUUUCGAGGAACACUGAGUUUGUGGAAUAUCUAAUGCGGAUACUUGAUGCCCUGAGUCAUGUCCAACAAAAAGGUGCAGGUCAGCUCUUUUGACGGCUGCAUGGUAAGCAACCAAUGAAAGUGACAUUGUAAAGUUUGUGGAGCAGAAAGAUUGAGGACGUUGGGAGGAGUCUGAACUUGGAUGUUAAGUUCUUUCAAAAUAUGAAAAACGUGUGAUUGUUGUUUAAGGGAAAUCUAGAAUGUGCAGGAAGGAAAGGCAUGUGCAAGAAACGUAUCUGUAGUGCAAAGAGGCAUUUGUACAAUGGGAGCAGUUAUACAAUACCAAAACACUCAAGAUUUAUCAUAUUGUGACACAUUUUACUUUGUACUUUUGCACGGCUCUGUAAAUGCUUGUGCGCAACCCAAUGGCAAUAAUCACAAGCACUGUUUACUGCAAAAAACAAUGAGAGGAGAAGAAUAAACAUUUUAUACAAGGGAUUUACCCUUUUUUUUUUAAAGAAUGCCAACAGAAUGGGCUGUUAUCACGAACAGGUCAUAUCAAAUUCAGGAGAAUGGACUUUUGUUCUUUCAAAGCAAUCAUGUCGUUCAUUUGUUAUAAUUUUAAUGAAACAAUAAUGUAUGGUUUGUGUAGUCUGCAUACAAAACUUAAAUUCACAUGUAUCAUUCUCCGGGUAUCACUUUUUGGAUUGAUAUAGUUCUUGAUGCCAAUAAAGGACUGUAUUAUAUAAUUGA